GAACAUGCACUCAUCUGUGUACAGGUGUACAGCUGGUUGUACAGGCAGCUGAGCAUGUAUUGUACUGCAGCUGAAUAGUUGAGAAAUGUUUACGAUUCUUCCCUCCAAACUGUUUCGUUCUUCUCCAACCAUCAUUACAGAAAUAGAUUUGAAUUUCAGAUGCAAAGAGCGACGAUCCUUGUUCCACAGCAACUCCGGAGGUCACGUGACAGGAAAGCUGUCUGCCCGAACUAGAUCUACUCUUCCAAACCAAACCACAGAAUUCAAGGAACCCUCUUCAGGUGGAACAAAGAUUGUUCCUAUUGCUAACCUGAAAACCAACAGUGCUCUUGAGGAAUCUGCAUCAAUUAAUCUCCAUCACAACAAUGUAACCAGAAAUGGGGAAGAUGGAGAACAAUCAGCAGUUGUUGAUAAUCAGAAGACUGUUGAGACAGAUGACAUCAAUAAAGUAAAACAGAUUCAAGAAGAAGAAAAUGUAUCGAAACCCAAAGAAGAUGUUGAAAAUGAGAUUUUGACUGAGGAAGUUGACAAAGAAUCUGAGGCUGACCCUAAUGUGGAAAAUCAGCCUGAAGAUCCUAAUAACAACGAUGACCUGGAAAACACUGGAAAACACUCUGAAGAUGUCAACGGUGACAAUGCAACGUCUGAGUUUGAAGAAAGUAAUAUAACAAAUUCUAACAAAGAUAUUAUUGAAGAGAAAGAUGAAAAGGAUUUCACAAGUACUGAACUAAACAGAUCAAUGAAGAGGUUAGGUUGGGACUCAACUUUAAGAACAAAAAUAAAGGAUACUCCUAACGGCUGGAUUCUUGUUCCUGUUUAAAAAAAUUAAACCGAAAAAAACAGAAAACUGUGGGAAAAGAAGACGACUUUUAGACGGAAGUUUUGUGUUUUAAAUGGAGAGACCAGCUAGACAUGAAUAGUAUAGAAUAGUAUUGUAGAGAAACCCUUUAGGAUUCAUUUGAUACCAAUGAGACAUUUUUACUCUGUGUAAUUUUUAAAU